UAUUUCCACACUAUACGUAGUAUUUCCGGGUCGUGCAUGACGUCACAUCUACUUCCUGUGUUGAGAGGCUGGGUUGUUGUUUUCACCUCCGCAUUUUGAAAGCGACGAUCCGUCCAAACAUCGUGAAAUACGGCGGAAAUUAUGCAACAAAUGCACACAUUGUCGCAGCAGGCGCAGCAGGUGGCUGCAGCUGCAGCUGCGGGGCAGCAGGUGGACAGGGACAAGAUCUACCAGUGGAUCGUGGAGCUGUCCAACCCUGAGACAAGGGAGAAUGCACUGCUUGAGCUGAGUAAGAAGCGUGAGGUUGUGUCGGACCUGGCCCCCAUGUUGUGGCACUCCUUCGGUACCGUGGCAGCCCUGCUGCAGGAGAUAGUCAACAUCUACCCUGCCAUCAACCCCCCACAUCUUACAGCACACCAGUCCAACAGGGUCUGCAAUGCCCUGGCACUGUUACAGUGUGUGGCCUCACAUCCUGAAACAAGAUCAGCCUUCCUGGCAGCUCACAUCCCCCUGUUCCUGUACCCCUUCCUCCACACUGUCAGUAAGACACGACCCUUCGAGUACCUCCGCCUCACCAGUCUGGGGGUCAUUGGUGCCUUAGUCAAGACUGAUGAACAGGAGGUGAUCAACUUCCUGCUAACUACAGAGAUCAUUCCACUGUGUCUGCGCAUCAUGGAGUCAGGCAGCGAGCUCUCCAAAACUGUUGCAACAUUUAUCCUGCAGAAGAUCCUGCUGGAUGAGACAGGCCUGUCCUACAUCUGUCAGACUUACGAGAGGUUCUCCCAUGUAGCCAUGAUAUUGGGUAAGAUGGUGCUACAGCUGUCUAAAGAGCCCUCCGCCCGUCUCCUCAAACAUGUGGUGCGCUGUUACCUCAGACUGUCAGACAACCCCAGAGCACGGGAGGCGCUGCGGCAAUGCUUACCCGACCAACUCAAGGACACAACCUUUGCGGCUGUACUGAAGGACGACAACUCCACCAAACGCUGGCUGGCUCAGCUGGUGAAAAACCUUCAGGAGGCCCCCACCCCCACAGGCAUCCCCCUCCCCCCACAGUAGUCCCCCACCCCCUAUCUUGUGCCAUAGACGUCAUCCCAUGGUGAAGAGGACUUAACCUUUCUCUUGCUAAGGGUGCUCUCAUGCAGUAAACUGGUGCUGUAUCUGCUUAGGACAUGUUCACUAAGGAUCAUAAGUACAUUCAGUUACCAGGAAUGCCAUAUACAGACUGUAUAGGUAUGACAAUUUGUCUAAGUGAGGACAAAAAACUUCCCCCAGCAGGAGAGUGGUGCUGACCAAAUUUCACUUACAGGUUGCCUGCUUUGGAGCUAACUACAAUGAGGAUAGGGGUAGAUUUUCUUUAACUGACAGAAAAGUUCAUGGUGCAAAUUAUUCAGACAUAUCCCUUUACUUACAACUACCCGUGCAGAGAUGUAAUAACAUCUUGUAAAACGAUGCAACAAUGUACAUUUCUAAUUGAAGGUUUCAAGAAUUCAGAAUGGAGACCUCAGUUUUGAGUUUUUUGGGGGCCUGUACAGAUUUGGUCAAUAAACGUCAUGUGCAGUGAAAAUCUUA